CUCUCUUUAUUCUGCAUCUGCAUGCCCUCUUUCCUAUACCUCCUCUACUCAGGCGCUCUGGCGAAGGGUCAUCAAUGGAGCACCGAUCCUAGGUGCUCCUAAUAAAACGCCGCCGCCGCAAAGCUUGCUUAAUUUUCUCCUCCUAUAGCCGUGAAAGCGCCCAACUCUCUGCUGGAAGACGAGAAAUCUCUAGAAGACCUGACGAAAUUUGAUUACAAAUCGGAAAAGGGGGGAAAAAAAGGUGAAAUGAUGAAGUUUUUGUUUUUGCUUGUGCUUGUAACCAUAAUCUUAAAGUUGUCUUUGGUGGCUGCCCGUGGUGUACGUGGUGGAGGAGGUCGUGGUGGUAGUGUUACCUCUGGCAGGAGUGGUGGAUUCCCUUUCGUAUAUAUACCUCAUCAUAAGAGCUCUGCAUCCACCCCUACCAACACAUUGUUUUGCUCAGCCUUGUCUCUUUUGACUUCUAUUUCAGUGUUUCUCUUCAUGGAAUAUUUUCCUUUUCCUUUUUAGGAACAAAGUAUAUGUGUAUCAUCAAACAGACUUUUCUGGCUGCAUUGGGAAGCUAGGCUGAGAUUCGCUCUAGAUAAAUUAAAGCCUAAGGA